GAGCUUUUUAUGAUAGAGAAUGGCGACCGUGUCCGACCUGCCCGUCCUCAUUGUGACGUGCGUGCUGUCUGCACUGUGGGUUCUCUACCUGCUCUACUUUAACUCGCGCGUCUUUGGUCUCGUUGCAACGCGCCUCAUCCGUCGCCUGCUCAAGUCAGACCAGGACUCGCUCGUCAUCGGUGCCGUCUCGUUCAAUCUGCUUGGCGCCAAAAUCAUGUUCAGCGAAGUGCGGUACACAAACAACGACCUGUCGCUGCGCAUCAUUGAUGGCAGUAUCACGCUGCGCUACUGGUUGUGGGACUAUCAAAAGACGCUUGGAUCAGUGGUCAAGGACAAUUGCCGGUUGUCGUUGGAGCUCAACGGUCUCCAGGUGCACUUUUACAACAAUAGCAAAAAUUACGACCGAUUACGAGACAUGCUGGCUCAGCGCGCUCGCCCACCAGGCACCUCUGCAGCAGCUGGAACCGGUGGAUCCACGCCUGCCGCUUCUGCUACUAGUGCGACGCCAGGGCGAGUAAACCCAUCACAGACACAUCCAGAGCAAACGGCAGUUCCAAUGACCGAUCCGGACGUGUCUGUCGACGACGUUGUGCCCCAGCCGCAACCUCGACCAGCGUGGCUAGAGUACAUUCCUGCGGUGCAUCUGACUAUACUACGAGCAUGCAUUGUCGUCGGCAAUCCUUUGCUCAAGUCUCUCGCCUCGUUCGAAUGCCGCGAGAUUACUGGCGUCCACACCACGACCAAAGCCCGCUCGGCGGCCGACAUGUUCCGCUGGAUCACGCGCAUGAGCGUCCAAACGUGCCGCGUUCGCCUCAUUUCCAACACGGUGCUGUGGCCUCGCGAUUUCGAUGGCCGUGUCAUUUCCACUCCAACUGCUCGUCCGAGCAUGAGCGGUCGCGAGCGCCAGUUGGUGAACAAGGUCAUUCUCAAAUCUUCCGAAAUGAGCAUUGACUAUUUUGUCGACGUUCCGGGUCUUGUAACAGAUGUCGCAAUUGCAGACGGCACGCCUCCGCCCCAAUGGGGAAUCAACAUGACGUUCGUCUCAGAGACAGAGCUCACCUACAGUCCAAUUGACGACAAGCAGCGCUCCAUGCUCCAGCUCUUCUUUUACCCGUGGAGCUAUGACGACCAGCAGCCAACGCCGCCUCUCAAACUCGGAGAUUUACGUCGCUAUGAAUCCCUUGACGUACGAUUGGCAUUCGGCGAGCAAACACGCGUGCUGAUGCCCUUUGGCUACCGAACGUUUGAGGGCUCGCAAGUCAAAACAGAUGCAGAUUUUGGCACACCUGGCAAGGCCAUUACUGUUCAAGUAGAUGGUGGCUCGAGUAUUGAAUUUGAAGUCCCCUGGAUUGUCGGGCCGGAAGGCUACACGCACGUCAUUCAAGCGCAUUUGGCAAACAUGUCUGUCUCAACUACUUUGCCAUUUUCCUCGCUUGUUUCUAGUCGAGCCAUGAAAAUGCGCGCCUCAAUGCAUGUCCCACUCAAAUGGAACGGCCAUCAGCAUUGGAUUUUCGAUUUUGCCUUCCAUGAAGUCCGGAUUUUCUACCUGAGAUCGCAAAUCCCGUUCUUGACAGACUUGGUCAACGAUUGGGGCGCCGAGCAGCCAGUGGACUUGCUUCACUUUGUUCCAUAUACGUACUCUGUGAAUGCAGUCUUCCGAAAUUUCAAGCUCCUCUGGUGCCUCAACGAGCGCAAUAUUAUCAAUCGGCCAAACGAUUUUGACGACAACGCCUUUGUGAGUUUGGAGGGACCGCAGCUCAACUUUUCGUGCGUCAUGCCGUUCACGUCGUACAAAGCGGCUGCGACAACGUACACGUUUCAUGUCGACGUGGAUGACCUCGCGCUGCGCCUUCACCUGCCACGCUCAAGCACCAUUCGGCAGAACAUCGACGAUCCCGAGAUGAUUUACUGGUCGCUUGGCAUUUUCACCGUGAAUGCGUCCUACCUGGUCCACUCCGAGUAUCAUCCGUCGGCCACAGACGUCCUUGAACUGGACUUUGAUGCACGCCACAUUGUGCUCAAGCUGUUUGGCUUUUUCGUCCGCUAUGUACUGUUUGUCAAGGACAACUAUUUUGGUGUGGACAACAACUUUACCAACCUCGAGCAGUUUCAAGCAAAUUUGCUUCGUUCGACGCGCUCCUUGGCUUCUCCCACGCCUGACCUGCCACUUGCAGCCGGCGCGCUCAGCGGUGACCCUCUCCUGCCCCCUCUGGAUGUCAACUCGCUCCACAUUCAUGUCGGAGUCCACAUUGCGGACGUUAUUUUCGAGCUGCCUGUCAAUCUCUACACGCUCCAUCCACUGUCUCCGAUCAUUCGAUGCCCCGAAAUUACGCUCGAGGUCAUCAACACCCACGAUCACAUGAGCUUGGAGCUGGAUGUCGCACCCCUCACGCUGCUCACUCCGAGCGCAGAGUUUGUGCUUGAUGCUGCCAAGACGGCCAAGAUGCAGACGCGCGCUGCUGCCAAUGCCAGCAUUCGACGAGGCUCCGUGGUCGCGGGCUCAUCGUCAGCCCCGCCAAGUGCUGUUGGCGCUGGAGGACUGGCAGGCCUGGACGAGCCCGCAGCGCACAAUCAAGUGCUGCUGCCCGAUUCCAUGCAAAUGUACUCUCCGGGCAGCCUGCACAUUGGCGGCCUGACUCUGACAGGGCAUCGUUUGUACGGGCCGCUGCCCCUUGCCGAGACGUUUGCUUCGCGGUACUGCAUCAAGGUCGGUGAAAUUACCGGAUUUCUGUCCCUCCCGCAAGUUGCAAGCGCAGCGUCGUGGCUCGACUCCUUCCUGUACCACAUGAAAGACAAGGAGAACAGCGUGUGGGUCGGACCUGUCGAGGACGAGGUUGACUUGAUGCACACCACGCUCGACCUGUCGACCAAGCAGAUUGGUGUGUUUUUGGUCGACGGGGACAACUGUUUGCAUUUGCAGCUGAGUCAAGGCGCUUCCGUGCUCAAAGAUUCGCUCGUCACGGCAAUUUCGAACGACAAGCUGCGCAUCGACCUACCCGACGUGCUUGUUCAUCAGCUCAUGUACAAGAACCACCCGCUCAAGGUUGUUCGGCCGCCUCAUUUAUCAUCUAAACUACCACAACAGCAACAGCAACAACAACAACAACAACGGCAGCCGGGAAGAGCAACCGGGACUCUAGUUACAUCACCCACCCUUCCUACUCCUUCUGAUAGUGCUCUGAAUGAAGGUGUACUGCCGAGCUCCGCCCCAAUGACUGCUGCCGCCGCUGCUGCCGCCGCUGCUGCUGCUGCCACCUCCACCCCCACCCCCACCCCCACCUCCAAUACCAGUGUCAGUGGUCCUGCAGAUCGUGUUGCAGAUCGAUCCCAGCAGCUGGCCGGUGUGUGGGCACAAGUCGGAUCGUUGUCCACGUCGUUGACCGUGACGCUGCUGGACAAGUUCCCGACCUGGCGUGAAGAUGCUGCGACUCAACGUGCCUUCCUCCUCGCCAACGACGUGCAUCACCGCGCCUUGCAUUACCUGUGGCAAGAUCCGAAAAAGCUCGCUCGACGUGUCCGGCGGCUUCAGCUCGAGCGAGCGGCGGCCAUUGCCGCUGCAGCCGCAACGUCGACUCUGCACAGUGCCAAACUCGCUCCAAGUCCGGCACCGCCAUCAGCACGCUCGCGCAAAAUCUCAGCCGCCGUCAUUGCGUCCACGUCAAAGCACAGUCGACAUUCCGGCUCCAUGCGGGAACUUGCUUCGAGCAAAUUCGGCCGUGCGGCUUCCUUGAUUGCCCUUGACGAUGCACUUGCCACGGGCCAGGACCCAGCGUCUUUGCAAUCCCCGAAAAUUUCACCAAAUCGCGCAGGCCAGUACGCCUCGCACGCCACUUUGCAUGCGGUUUCUUCUGCUGCGGUUGGGAGCAGCCGGACUCGGCUCCCAAAGUCCAGCAUGCGCACGUCCCGCUCGAAAGUCAAAAGCGACAACGACAACGACGACGUCAACGACGACGAUGACAACGACGACAACGACGAAAGCGACUCGACGAACGGCGUGCAACCGUCAGACGUUCCAGAUUCGCCGCGAUCGCCAACCCCCUCGCGCACCGCCAAAGAUGCCAUCCUCAGACGACGCAGCCUGAUUUUGGACACGCGCACGCUGGCUGCUGCUCGUUUCGAGCAUGCUUCCACAGAACCGAGCAACAACAAACGUCACUCUUCCCGUCGAAGCAGCUCCAGAGCACGCAGUCGGGAGAUGCUGUCCCGUGCCAGCUCGAGUAGCCAGAGCGACGACGAAUCCAAGUCGUUCACCACGUCUUCGCAGCCACAGCAACGGCGUCUUCGAGGCCAUCCCUCCUCACCGACGCUGAGUAGCAAUCAUGCGACUGCCAGUCCAGCACCACGCCGCUCUUCUGUGCACGCCGAGCCGUCCCAUUCUCCUUCUCCUGCUUCUGCUCCUGCUGCUGAGACAGAUCGGGCCGCGCCACCUUCGAAGCAACUUGCCGCCCCUAAAGGCACUCACACGCGCGCCAACACGCUGGAGAAUGAAGCCGCCCAGGCCAAAUUCACUCCGUCACAAGUUGAGUUGCGGGCAUCCCGCGCGUCCCUGACCGCUGGCUUGGCGGCAGAGUCCACCUCGCCCUUUGAUCAGCCGCAUUUGAACACUGAAGGAGGCGCUGUGACCACCGCGUCAGUGCACAGCGACCAGUCUGUCAAGGACGAGUUGAGUGAUUCUGACAGCUUCCAUUCGGCUGUUUCUUCGCUCGCUGAUGCGACCGAGUUUGGCGAACCGGGCGCCUACCACGAACGUGGUGCUUCGCUUGAGCAGGAAUCUGCUGCGGCCAGCACUGCGGCGUUUCGUGAUGCAAUUGCAAGGCUUGAUUCGCAGGCAUCGCGCCUUGGCAGCAACAGCUCUAGCAGUUCUCGCAGUACCGGGUCCCUUCUGGAUUCGAGCGACUCUGGGCUCUCGGCCGAUGAUCUUCACAUUUUGGGGCGCGACACGGAGAGCUCGGCGUACUCGCUGUCGGGCUCGGAUGAAACGGACAGUGACGGCCACCACACGACCGAGCGCUUUCACUCUCGCCGGAAUCAGAGAGACCUCCAGAACGACGAGAGCGAUGCCCGCGACGACGACAGCGACGAUGACUUUACCUCUCAAGGCUCGACGACAGAAGACUCGGAUUCGGGCUCAGACGACCAAUUCCCGCUGUCGCGACGAAGUGCGUCGGGUGCUGCUGCCCUUGCAAGCACCUUCGAUGAUGGCACAGAAGAUGUCCAUCCUGUGCGCUAUGCGCGACGAGCGCAUCAGAAGCAACGGUCUGAAAUCGACGGCGAAGACGACGACGAAGGUGCGUUUGUUGCGGCGAACGAGUUCUUUGGUCACGAUGGCGCGGCGGACGGCGCGUCACCCUCGGUGACCAACUCGGACACUCUUGCUGAUGAUUCCGGGCCGUUGCAUGACUUUGCGGGCGGCGCUGCUUCGAAAUUGGCUGCCUAUGCUUUGCAGCAACGACUGCUUACCGCUUACUUGCCGUUAGUCAACACGUACAGCAUGCGAAAAACGGUGGUCGAUUCCGAGUUUGACGCCGGCUACGCAGCUCCUUCGCUUCCGUUCCUGGUGUGCCACAACGUCCGGGCACGCUCGAGCGUGCCCCCCGUUGUUGAUUUGGGGCGCCAUCAUCCGCCGUCUGGAGAAUUUUUGCAUCCAGCUUGGCUUGCGGCCGCUGCUGCUGCCGCUGCUGCCGACGGCGAUGCAGACGAGGACGAGGGGGAACCGGAAGAGGCAGGUCACCACCCAGCCACCGUUUUCCCCGAAGAAGCGCCAGAGCUCGUCGACGGCAUCAAAUCGUUGCACGUUCCGGACUGGACGGCCGUCGCAUUUGAUGCGCGCGAUCUGCAGUCUGUACGCGCUGGCAAGGCCCACUGGCAGUCCAAUGUCCACCAGCCCUCAGACGCGACAGAGCUUUCGCCCGAUGCCUCACCUGAUAGUGUCCUCGAACAAUCCAUUCCUUUCAAAGGGCUGGCUGCGUUCAUCCGCGCAUAUCAUCAGGGCUUUGCUUUGACUGCGGUCAAACCGACUUCCUCGUCGUCUUCCACCACCCUGCCGCAGCCACGCGACUCGGCCCCCAUGGCUCGCGCGCCAAUGUCGCUUCGCGGACGGCCAGCUGUUGCAACCAUUGUUCGUUUCCACCAGUACACGCGGCUCUUCACCACGCCGAUGCUUCUCGCGAGUGUGCAGCAAAUGGUUGACUCGAUGACGCUGCAAGCGGAAAAGGACCCCGAGGUGAUUCUGGAUCGCUUGUUGCAGCAUUACAUGGACGAUGUUGCUCGACUGGGCAAGCUCUACACCACUUCCCGACAGUUUGCCAUUACACUUCCGGGUUUUCAAGUUGAAGCGCUGCAGUCGACCGUUCAUCCGCGCAGCUUUGCCUCCACUGCCCUGCGAUUCAACCCGCUCCAGCCGUCCGCCGUCCCGGAGCUGACCACUGCCGUCCCGCUCGUGGUCGAUGCCGGAGGUCUCGAUGCAGCGCGGCCCUUCUCCAUGUGCCGUUUGGUCCUGCAUAGCGGGCAGCUUUCUGUUGGAGCCAACUUGUUGACGUCGAAAUCAGCCGUGACAAGCCCACUGCAUGGAGCGACAGGCGCCAAGCACGCCAACCUUCGUCGCGACACAGCUGUGUCUUUCGGAAAUAUUCCACAACACGCCACCCUUGCCAUCACGGAAGGCACAGGCUUUGUCACUUUGGAGUCUUUACAGUGUCAAGUGCGCGAGGUUGCCUGCCCGGUCGGCGUUGCUUCUACUUCAUUGUCGGAUGCGCGCGUGUCGGCAGCCGCUCCAGCGCCCAGCGCUGUCCCGCCCGCGGAACCUUUGCCAGAUGCUCCCAUCAAAGAACCAGCCGCAAGCAGCCAUCGCCGCGUUCAUGAGACUCUGUCCCAGAGCACUCUUUGCGUGCCUUCUGAGCGACUGCUGUGCUUUGGUGCAGAGAAGGCGGUUCAAAGGGUCACGAGCGCUCGGAGCCCACUCGUGCGCGCCGCUCCGACUCUGUUUGACCCGUUGAACGCCAAAUUGGGUGAUGACGAUGCCUCCAGCCACCAGGAAUCUGUACCCGAAUCCGCGUCCGCAGGCGCUGCUGCUGCUGCUGCUGCUGCUGCUGAUGCUGAUGCUGGAGCAACACCAGCGACCGAUGAUGACGCGACGGUUCGCUUUCCGUCCUUCAAUCCAUUUCCACCUCAAGAAACACGCGUGCUGGUUGAACUGGCAAUUGGGCCUGUCAUGGCGUUGGGCCAUCGGCGCUCUGGCGUCGCCGAUCAUUUUUCGGCGACUGUCCGCCACAUUUCAGCCAUUACCGUGCCGAGCACGCUGCCUCUGCUCCUUGCGAGUGGCGCCCUGUACGCUCACGCGUACGACCGACUGCAGGUAUCCCUGAAUCGCUACUCGAAUCAGUUUGCGAGCGACGGUCGAAGUGUUCUUCUCGAGCUUUCCCUCCUGUCUGCUCGCUUGCCCUUGCAACGCAUCGAUCCCAAGCGCUUCCAUGACCAGUGGCGGGUGUUUUCCUACCGAGUGUCCAACGAGAUGGGGUGGCGUCUGCUGAUGCACCUUCGGCUCUGUCUGCUCAUCUGCGCGUCGCAAGGGUCUCGCCGCCUCUACGCACGGUCAAAGCCGUUGCCUCUUCGUGAAGCCCUUGCGUCCUUUACCAACAACAUGGCCUCUUGA